CACAGUUUCUCCGGCGCCCUUGCUCACAGAGGAACGCAGCGAUGGAGGGGAUAAAGCAGCUGAAAAUCGAAGUACUCGAGCAGCCGCCUUCGACGGCGGAGUUCGCAUCGAUAAUUGAAUCGAGGAACGUCCCGGCGGUGUUCACUGGCUGUGUUAAGAACUGGAGAGCUUUCGGAAAAUGGGAUCCUGCUAAUGGAGGCCUCGACUACCUGCAGGAGCGAGUAGGAUCAGCAAAUGUGGAGGCUAUGCUGUCUAGAUCAGCACCUGUCUUUUACGGUGACCUUAGAAGCCACGAGAGGGUUCCUGUAUCCUUUUCGACCUUCAUUGACUUCUGCAAACAACGUGCACAAAACACUGAUGAUGCACGACAUACUGCGUCUAUUCCGCUACAAGGGGAUGAGCUUCCAGUCUCUAAUGCAAACCAGGAACGUGUACUUUCAGAGAGUAUGUCUCACCAAGUAUACUUAGCACAGGUAGGAACUGAGUGGUUUCGGGGGAAAGUAAGCUGUUUGAUUGGAUUUCAUUUUGCUGACUUACGUCAGCCUCCAUUUCUGGAGACGAAAGAAUUGAUGUCUAUCAAUCUGUGGAUGAACAAUUCUGAAGCUAGAUCAAGUACUCACUAUGAUCCACAUCACAAUGUUCUGUGUGUAAUUUCUGGCCGCAAAAAAGUUACUUUAUGGCCUCCUUCUGCAUCUCCUUCUCUAUAUCCAAUGCCUAUAUACGGGGAAGCCUCAAACCACAGUUCUGUUGCUCUGGAAGACCCUGAUUUUUCAUUGUAUCCUAGAGCACAAUACUCCAUGGAUUAUGGUCAGGAGGUUUUUCUUUCCGCAGGUGAUGCUAUCUUCAUUCCUGAAGGCUGGUUUCACCAAGUGGAUAGCGAUAAUUUGACUAUUGCAAUUAACUUUUGGUGGCGGUCCAACAUAAUGUAUAGCAUGUUAGAACACAUGGAUGCAUACUAUUUGCGCAGAAUACUGAGAAGAUUGACGGAGAAAGAGAUGAACCAAGUUCUAGAUGAGUCUGCACUUAAGGGCACUGGGAAACCGAUAAGAUGCACUUCUGAGCUGCUGGGGGAUGAGAAAGCAGAAUGGAGUCACUUAAAUCUGGAACAGACGGGUCAGAGACAGGAGUUACCACUGAAGGACCAGCAGCAAGAUGUUAAACUAAAUCAGUUGGAACCUUUCGCACUACAGGCCCUUCAUGAACUUGUUUCGUUAGUACAUGACCAUGUCAACCUUGAUCAAAGUCAAGACAACAAAACAGUGACUGCUAACCUGUAUUUCCUAGAGGAUGACCGGGUUGCUAAAAUAAUUUGGAGCCUUGAUCCACAAACUCUCCAAAAUGUUCUCCUUGCAAUGGUGCAUAGUUUCCCUAGAACCUUGGAGGCUCUAGUACUGCACUUGCUUUCACCAGUGGGAGCUGAAGUGCUUACAAGGAAGUUUGACGAAAUUGAUCAGCAAUCCACAGAAGAACACCGAAACAAAUUCUACCAGAAAUUCUAUAGUGCCUUUGAUGACCAAUUUGGUGCGAUGGAUGCAAUACUUAAUCAGAAAGAAUCGUUUGCCCUCCAGGCAUUCAAGGAAACGUUGGAGAAGUACAUUGGGGUUGUUCCUAAUUCGCUAAAACCGUCGGUUGGAUAAGCCCCGCGGCCAAAGAUGCAGACUGCAAACGUCAGUGGCGAAUCUGAGGGCCACGUGAUAUCAACACAAAGAAGAGUCAAUGGAGGCAUUACGGUAUCACGAGCUGGCUGGCUAGCUUUCUGUCUAAAUCGGUACUUUCAUUUCAUCUGUCAGAGAUGCCAUAUUAUCAUACCAUCCAAGUUAUUCGGCUUUGAAAUUUAGUUUGCGAUGUACAGAUUCCUGUGUACAUCAUGUUUAAUGCGAGAAGAUCUCUUCUUGUAGCUUUGUAGACCCUAAUUAGGAGUUCAUCAUGCUAAUCAUAGAAUUCGAACUAUGUACGAGCGAGCAGCAUCAUGAAGCAAUGCAGGAUGAUGUCUUGAAGCUAAUUCGCCGCCCUUUGUCGAUUAGGUAUGUGUUAAGUAUUAACUUAAGUUUAGUAAAGGAAAGGAGGUGAUGAUAUGAUAUGAUGUAGGAGAUGCAACUUUUCAAAGGUGCAGUUGUGUGGUGGAAGAAGCAGAGGAGAAGAAGAGAAGGAUUCUGUCUCUUUUGGUUUCCUUUAUUCUUGAAUUGAAUUAGGGUGAAGCUGAUACUCAUGAGGCCUGUGGAAAAGAAAAAAAAGGGGUAAGGAAAGGAGAAAGAAAGUGUUGAGAGGGGCCAUGGCAGUUGCAUUGCACUGCAUGGGGAUUUGCAGGAGAAGGUUACAGAGAGAGAGAGAGAGAGGAAAGAGUAUAGUGGUAAUUAUGAGGGAAGAAGGGGGAAAAAAGGGAAAAGGGAGGGUAGUGAGGGUAAAAAGAAGGUGGUUAAGAUGAGAUUCCGCCCAUGGAAGAUGACAUAUGCAAAGUACUAUAUGUUGAGAGAGAGAGAGAGAGAGAGAGAGAGAGAGAGAGAGUGUGUGGUUUAUACUUUUACACUUUGCAAUGGAAGAGAGGGGAGCUUUUGGUUUGUCUGGUUGUAGAAGAGAGGGAGCUGGGAAAAGAAGCAGUCUUUUUCGUUAGGCAAAUAGCAUGUAUUUGUACCUUAACCCUGUUUGCAACUUACACUCCCUAUGCUUUCUAAAAGCUUGG